AGAGAUAUCAAAAUAUCACCAAGUUAAAUCAAAGUUCAGAAGUCUGUGAAAUAUUUGUAUCGACAUUUGAUAACCAACACACAAGUUGGGAAUUACAAAUUAGUGCGAAAGACUGUAGUUAGGUUGAAUUAUUGUUUUUGUUGACAAUGAGUGCUUCUAAUAAUAAUAAUAACAUUAAUAAUAAUAAUAAUAAUAAUAAUAAUAAUACCAGGGCCGGACACGUCCCUAACGGACCACCACCACCACCACCACCAUUAAAUCAACGGGAUAAUCGAUUCAGACCUCAGCCAAGUGCACCAGUGAGACAAUUCCAAAGACAAGAGUACUCAAAUGAAGAACAAGUUAGAAUUCAGUCUAUGCUUGAUAAAGUUCUUGGACCAGAAUAUGUUAGUUUUAGACCUGGAGGUGGUGGACAGAAAGUAUCAUAUAUUGAAGGUUGGAGAGCUUUAAAUUUAGCCAAUGAAGUAUUUGGAUUUAAUGGGUGGAAUUCUGAAUUAAUUAGUCAACAGGUUGAUUUUGUUGAUACUCAUGGGAAUACAGGUAGAUUCUCUAUGGGAUUAUCAGUAGUGGUGAGAGUUACAAUUCGUGAUGGAACUUAUCAUGAAGAUUUUGGGUAUGGAUAUAUAGAGAAUGCAAAGAGUAAGGCAACUGCCUUUGAGAAAUGUAAGAAAGAAGCAUUUACUGAUGGAAUCAAAAGAUGUUUAAGAUGUUUUGGAAGUUUAUUAGGUAAUUGUCUUUAUGAUAAAACUUUACUUAAACAAUUAGAAGCAGUAGAAAAGAUUGGUACUAAUUUCGAAGCAUCUGAUUUCUACAGAGAUCCUAUGUUUAUGGAAAAACAUAAAAGAAAACAAAUACCGUCAACUCAUAUCCUUGAAAAGAAUAUUCAACCUAAUAUUCAAAAUCAACGGAGCAAACCCCCUGUUCAAAAUUCAACGACUACACCCAUAAAUGCCAAUCAACCUCAGAAUAUUUCAACUAUUAAUAAACCAACCAAACCAUCUAAUGUCUAUGUACCAACCACUCAAGAGGCUCAAGACCUUGAAGAUUCAUUUUUAUUUAGUGAUGAAAUUGCCGAAGAAGAUUUGGUAUUUAUGGAUGAAGAUAGAGGACGAGUUAUCUCUACUAAUGGUUCAAAUGUAGCUAAUAAUGUUGCUGCACCAAUUCCAACUGAUAUAUCUAUUAUAACUCCACAAGUUCCACGAGUAGGAGCAGAAUUACCCUUGUUUGUCAGUGCCAAGGGAGCAAAUAUGCUACAACAAACUCCUGAUAAUGUAGCCAAUAUCCCACAAUUUGAUCCAAAGUUUAUUUCACCAAAUAUGAGAAGAACAGUAGAUCCUAAUAGGUCAGUUCCCGUCAAACGGAGUGAUAUAAGAGCAAAUGGUCAAUCCAAUUCUGUAUCCACUCCUACAUCUAGUACAAAUUCUACAUCUACAACAAAUACCAGUACUACUACUACAACUACUUCGACUACUUCGAGUACUGCUCCUACAAUUGAUACCACCAAUAAAGCACCUACUCCACCCCUAAAUGUCUUGUCAAAUGAAGUAGGCAACACACUAGGUAAGAGAAUAGGAAUGCCACCAUCUCAGCGUCCAGCUAAGAGAAUUCAUAAAGAGUAAGUAACUUUUAUUUUAUUACCAAAUUCACAGAACUUAAUCCGGUAUACUAACAUACUUUUUACUUCUAGGACAUCAGUAGAGCAUCAAACUGGUAACGACAGUAAUAAAGAAAAUGGGACAUGAGUAAGUAGAUUGUAAAUAUAUUUUGUGUAGAAUUCGCAGUAAUUUACUUCAUUCCGCGCAACUACAGAAAAAAGUAAAAUAAGGCAAUUGUUAAUU